GAUGACCUAUUUACUUUUAAAUGUGAUAUGAUAGAUGCAUAACAUCUUGAGUCAUAUGAUUAUUAAAAAUAACUUUCUUACUUGCUUAUGAAGCGCAUCGAUCUUACACUAUCAAAUUUGAAUAAGUCAUAACUCGGUGACACGUUAUUUCGAGAUUUCACAUUGAUACAGAAACCGUGAAUUGUAACUAUUGAAUCGGCAGAAGUUUUUUUUACUAUUUUUGUAUACUAAAAAGGGCGAUGUCGGCAAACGACUGGUGGAACGCAACUCCAGCCAGUGCUUCGGUGGUGGCGGAUGAUUCAAAUCCCGAUGCCGCUACAGAGACGGCAAACGAUGAUUUUUUGGACAAACCCAAUUCAACCGAGGCACUUUUACCCCAUUCUGGAAACGCCAAACCAGCUGAUAAGUUUGACGAAAACCAUUUUACAAAUACAGCCCUGGAGCCCGAACCAGAUACUUCCAUCAAACCAGUCGCAUCGCUGUCGCCAAGUAAGCCAUCAACAACAGAUCCUGACCCGGGAGCAUUAGGGUUGAGCUCUUCAUCUCCAGAUGCGGUAGACUCAACCACUCCUCGCUACUCGGUUUCGCGAAAUCGAAUUCCGUCGUCGUAUUCUGCACUGAACAACGGCUUGCUAACUCCUUCUCGAAGCCCCUCGCCUUACCCUUCUAGUUCCCCGCACCACCAUCCUCCUAGGGGCCCCUCUUUGGGUAAUCCCCAUGGCCCUCACAUUUCAAAUCCCGAUAAGAUCCCAGAGUGGAGCACGUACCACCACGAACACACCCAUGGAAAGGUGGACAGAAACUCGUUCAAAAGGAACAUGACCAUCGCCAAAGGUUUUUUGGACAUCAGUUUGCUGUCAGCCAACUCUAAUCAGCUCAAACAUCUGCUCAACUUCGGGGACAGGUCGUCGCCUACGUUCUACUUGGCCCAGGCCGGACUAAUAACGAGCCUCGUCCUUCAAUUAUUAACGGGAGUGCUGCUGAUUGUGCUCGAACGGUGGAAUAUCAACAAGCCUCAUCACGCUCACUGGAGUCUACGUCUGAACAACACUACCGUGUGCAUGGUCUUCUUCACUCUCAUCAUCAACGUCUUCGUGUCCAGUUUAGGAGUCGAUGUGAUGAUCAAUAAUGUCCAGGGACAAAUUCCACUCGAUAUCGUUGGGAGAAGCGUGAACGAAACCAUGUAAUUUAUGUUAUUUCUCAUGGUAUGAUUUGCGUCACCGUAUAUGCAGGCAGUGUAUUCUUCAUAUAUAGUCUAAAUUGUUAAAUUCAUUCAGCAUAAGUCUGGCCAUUUAAUAAACAUUAUUGUCUUUGACACGAUGAUUAGAGGUAGGACAUGAAAUAACAACCUCGUAUGAGUGUCAUUCGAAUUUUAAUUGUAAUUAUUUGUUGUAGUGAUCUGAAUCAAAAAUUAU